AUGAAGCUGUUCGCUCUCAUUGUGAGAACUAUCAUCAUUUCGAUAAUAUUUGACCAAGCACCGAUCACCACCGAAGCAAGAAAGUUGAUGAAAACAAUCGACCAAGACCGUUUCAAAGCUGGAUCUACAGAUGAGUUUGUGCCUACUUCUCCAGGAAACAGUCCUGGCAUGGGACAUAAAAGAGGUAAUGCAAAUGUUGAAGGGUUCCAAGAUGACUUGAAGCCCACGGAAGGAAGAAAAGUUCAGGCAACCAACGGUCAAGAUCAUUUCAAAACUGGAGUUACCGACGAUUUCGCACCUACUUCUCCAGGAAACAGUCCCGGGAUGGGGCAUAAGAAAGGACAAGCAAAUGUUAAAGAUAACUUCAAGCUCACGGAACGAAGAAUGCUGCAAAAAACCAACGAUCAUUAUCAUUUCAAAACCGGAUUAACCGACGAUUUCGCACCUACUUCUCCGGGACACAGUCCUGGCAUGGGCCACAAGAAAGGGAAUGCGAAUGUUGAAGGGCUUAAAGAUAACUUGGCACCCAGGGAAGAAAGAAAAUCGCCUACAAUGGACGGUCAAGAUCAUUUUAAAACCGGAACUACGGAGGACUUCGCACCUACUACUCCGGGAAACAGUCCAGGUAUGGGUCAUAAGAAAGGAGAUGACUUCAAGCCUACGACCCCUGGACAUAGCCCCGGAGUUGGUCACGCUGCCAAGAACGAUGAGCCUACAACUUAA